CCUCCUCGUCUUCCUCCGAGCACCUCCGCCUCCUCCCGGAGGAGGAGCAGCGGCGGAGAGGCAGAGAGCGCCGGGAAACAGACGCGGCGAGAAGGCGACCCCCGCCCAGCCCCCCGCGGCAGCGGCAGACGCCGAUCCCCUCCCCGCCGGGGCAGCAGCGCCGGGAGCGGGCGGCGGCGGCCGUCCCCGGCUAACAGCGGGCGAGUCCCGGCCGCGAGCGGCGCCCGGAGCGGGUACGGACGCUCCUUCCAGCUCCGGCCCGCGGGGGAAGAGCGAGGCGGCCCCGACAGCGGAGGCGUCGGCUCCCCGGCCAGCGGCAUCAUGUCCGCCGCGCAGGUGUCGUCGUCCCGGCGGCAGUCGUGCUACUUGUGCGACCUGCCCCGCAUGCCCUGGGCCAUGAUCUGGGACUUCACGGAGCCCGUCUGCCGCGGCUGCGUCAACUACGAGGGCGCCGACCGUAUCGAGUUCGUCAUAGAGACGGCGCGGCAGCUGAAGCGGGCGCACGGCUGCUUCCAGGACGGCCGCUCCCCGGGCCCCCCGCCGCCCGUCGGCGUCAAGGCGGUGCCGCUCUCGGCCAAGGAGGCGGCGGCGGCGGCGGCGGCGGCCCAGCAGCAGCUCAACCAUGUGGACGCGUCCUCCAAGGCGGCCUCGGGGCUCUCCCAGUCCGGCCUGGAACGCUACGGGCUGAGCGCGGCGGCGGCCGAGCAGCGCGGCCGCUUCGAGUACCCGCCUCCUCCGGGCAGCUUGGGCGGCGGCCACGGCGCCCGCCUGCCCAACGGGCUCGGGGGGCCCAACGGCUUCCCUAAGGCUCCCGAGGACGGCCCGCCGGAGCUCAACCGCCAGAGCCCCAACUCCUCGUCGUCCUCCUCGUCCUCCCGCCGCGGCGCGCACGGCGGGCUGGUGUCCGGCCUCCCCCCGGGGGCGGCGGGCGCGCAGCUCAACGUUCCCCCCAACCUGCUGCCGCAGACCCUGCUCAACGGGCCCGCCGCCUCCGGCGUGGCGCUGCCUCCGCCGCACGGGGGCCUGAGCGGCCGCGGCGGCGGCGGCCCCCCGGCGCCCUCCGCCUCCUCCCAGGGGGGCGCGUGCGGCGGCGGCGGCGGCGCCGGGGGAGGCGGCGGCCCGGCCGCGGAAGGCUGCGGCAAGCGGCCGGGCUCGGUGUCCAGCAGCGACCAGGAGCGCGAGCUGAAGGAGAAGCAGCGCAACGCCGAGGCGCUGGCUGAGCUGAGCGAGAGCCUAAGGAACCGGGCCGAGGAGUGGGCCAGCAAGCCCAAGAUCGUGCGGGACACGCUGCUGACGCUGGCCGGCUGCACGCCCUACGAGGUGCGCUUCAAGAAGGAUCACGCCCUGCUCGGCCGGGUCUUUGCCUUCGACGCCGUCUCCAAGCCGGGCAUGGACUAUGAGCUGAAGCUCUUCAUCGAGUACCCCAGCGGCUCUGGCACGGUCUUCUCCAGCGCCUCUGGCGUGGCCAAGCAGAUGUACCAGGACUGCAUGAAGGACUUCGGCCGCGGCCUCUCCUCGGGCUUCAAGUACCUGGAGUACGAGAAGAAGCACGGCUCCGGCGACUGGCGGUUGCUGGGGGACCUGCUGCCCGAGUCCGUGCGCUUUUUCAAGGAGCUGGUGGGCGCCGACAUGCUGCCGCAGCCCUACCUGGACGCCAGUUGCCCCAUGCUGCCCACGGCGCUAGUGAGCCUCCCGCGGCCGGGGGCCGGCGCCGGCGGGACGCAGGGCGCGGCCGCAGCCUCCCGGGGCCCGGGCGGCGGCGGCGGCAGCGGGAGCGGGGCCAUGCGCAAGAGGAAGGCGUCCCCCGAGCCCUCGGACUCGGCCGAGGGGGCCCUGAAGUUGAGCGACGAGCAGCAGCGGCAGCAGUGGAUGGCCAGUCAGAGCGAAGCGCUCAAGCUCACCAUGUCGGCCGGGGGCUUCGGGGCGGUGCACGGUGGGGGCCCCCCGCCGCCGCCACCACCGCCGCCCCUCGGGCCCCACUCCAACAGGACCACGCCGCCCGAGUCCGCCCCCCAGAACGGACAGUCCCCCAUGGCCGCGCUGAUGUCGGUGGCCGACACGCUGGGCAAUGCCCACUCGCCCAAGGACGGCAGCUCGGUGCACUCCACCACCUCUACCCGCAGGAACAGCAGCAGCCCCGUGUCACCGGCCUCCGUGCCGGGCCAGCGCCGCCUGGCCUCCCGCAACGGGGACAUGAACCUGCAAGUGGCCCCUCCUCCCCCCAGCGCCCACCCCGCCAUGGACCAAGUGCACCCCCAAAACAUUCCGGACUCCCCCAUGGCCAACAGCGGGCCCCUGUGCUGCACCAUUUGCCACGAACGCUUGGAGGACACCCACUUUGUUCAGUGCCCCUCGGUGCCCAGCCACAAGUUCUGCUUCCCCUGUUCCAGAGAGAGCAUCAAGGCCCAGGGGGCGACCGGCGAGGUCUACUGCCCCAGCGGAGAGAAAUGCCCCCUUGUAGGUUCCAAUGUGCCUUGGGCGUUUAUGCAGGGCGAGAUCGCUACCAUCCUAGCCGGGGACGUUAAAGUGAAAAAGGAGAGAGACCCUUGAGUAGGAAAUCCCAUCCCUUCAGGCUCCUGAAGAUGUAGAAUUGUGAAUAUAACGAACUGCAAAAGUUAGUCUUAUGUAUAGACAUUAUUUUCGUCGUAUGUUUCUAUAUUUUGAAACAAAGGUAUGUACUCUUCUUCAUUUGAAGGAUAGAGCUGGUUUUUGUUAAACAGAAUAUAAUAUUGUUUGGUUACUACAUAAUACCUGUUCUCAUUUCUUUGGCAGUGUGUUGGCUAGGUACCAAGUUAAUAGCCCUUAGCGAUUACCUGCUGCUGGUGUGUAUUUUUGUAAAUGUAUGCACUUCUCUGACAGAAAGAAGAAAAACAACAAAAAAAAAUUUUUUUUUUUUUUUUUUUUUUUUUUUGCCAAGGCCAGUGUUGAUGCCUAAAAAAUUGCUACGAAAAAUGGUGACAGCUUCUGUUUUACGAGCCCUGAGUGUUAGUCCUUCACUUUCUUUUUUCUGUUUUUGUUUUUUUGUUUGCAAACGGUGGGGUGGCUCUGGGGGGAGGGCGUUUUUUUGUUGCAAGUUUGUAAGGAAAAUGUUUCAGUUUGUUUCUAUUGAUCUGAACGUUUUUAAUCUUCAUGUGUUUUUCGUUUUUGCUUUUAAUGAUGCACGGAUGCUUUUGAACAGUAGAGCAAAAUGCUGUACAUGAAAACAUGCUCUGUUUGUCCUUUAUACAUUUCUGUAGUUAACAGAACACUGUAAUGUGCCUUGGAGCUUAGUAAAUUGUAAUAAAUUCAAUUGAUAUUAAUA